GAUCAACUGGCAAUACGAAUAUUCUAAAAUCUGCUAAAAAGUGUUUUAUUAAGCGCAGCGUCGUAUAUUUAGCUAAUAUUUUAUGUAAUACGAUCAAAGGAGAUUUAUUAUUUGUGAUGUAGUGCAGUGUGCUAAAAAGCAGCAAAAUGUCGCUCGAAAUCCCGUUGAUGAGCACCGAUGAGGUGAUUGAAUUAGAUCCAGAGCAGUUACCUUCUGGAGAUGAAGUGCUUAGUAUAUUACAACAAGAAAAAUCGCAGCUUAAUGUCUGGAUCAAUGUUGCUCUUGCAUAUUACAAACAAAAGAAGAUCGAUGACUUCCUCAAGAUACUGGAGGCCUCCCGUACGGAGGCCAACAUUGACUACAGAGACUUCGAAAGAGACCAAAUGCGAGCCCUCGACAUGCUGGCCGCAUACUAUGUGCAAGAGGCCAAUAAAGAAAAGGUCAAAGACAAGAAAAAAGAGUUGUUUACUAAAGCUACUCUGUUAUACACAAUGGCCGAUAAAAUCAUCAUGUAUGAUCAAAACCAUCUCCUCGGUCGUGCCUACUUCUGUCUCCUCGAAGGCGAUAAAAUGGAGCAAGCAGAUGCCCAAUUCAACUUUGUACUGAAUCAGUCUCCCAACAAUGUGCCCUCAUUACUGGGAAAAGCUUGUAUUGCAUUCAAUCGAAAAGACUAUAGAGGAGCAUUAGCGUUUUACAAGAAAGCGCUGAGAACGAACCCAGAUAGCCCAGCGGCUUUACGCUUGGGUAUGGGCCAUUGUUUCAUGAAGCUGAAUAAUCAGGAAAAAGCUAGGAUGGCAUUUGAAAGGGCUUUACAACUAGACCCACAAUGUGUAGGCGCAUUGGUUGGCUUAUCUAUCCUCAAACUAAAUCUUCAAGAGAGUGAGUCGAACAAAAUGGCUGUGAUCAUGUUGUCAAAGGCCUAUGCCAUUGACCCCAAAAAUCCUAUGGUUUUGAACCAUUUGGCUAAUCACUUCUUUUUCAAAAAGGACUACAGCAAGGUGCAACACUUGGCCUUACACGCGUUCCACAACACUGAGAACGAAGCAAUGCGGGCGGAGAGUUGUCACCACCUCGCUCGAGCCUUCCAUGCACAAGGAGACUGUGAUCAGGCCUUCCAGUAUUACUAUCAGGCUACUCAGUUCGCGCCACCGAACUUUGUGUUGCCACAUUAUGGGCUGGGACAGAUGUAUAUUUAUAGAGGAGAUACGGAGAAUGCAGCCCAGUGCUUCGAAAAAGUAUUAAAAGUUCAACCAGGCAACUAUGAAACUAUGAAGAUUUUAGGAUCUCUCUACGCCAACUCACCUUCACAAUCUAAGCGGGAUAUCGCUCGCCAACAUUUAAAGAAAGUUACAGAACAGUUCCCAGACGAUGUGGAAGCUUGGAUAGAGUUGGCUCAAAUAUUGGAACAAAAUGAUUUGCAGGGUUCGCUAAACGCUUAUAGCACAGCAAUGAAGAUUCUCAAAGAGAAAGUGAAUGCAGAUAUUCCGGCAGAAAUAUUGAACAAUGUUGCAGCCUUGCAUUACAGACUAGGAAACUUGAAUGAAGCCAAGAAUUAUUUGGAGGAAGCUCUAGAAAGGGAGAAAGCAGACGCCGAAACAUUGGACGCUCAGUACUACAACUCAAUAGCAGUCACAACUAUGUACAAUUUAGCGCGGUUGAACGAAGCAUUAUGCGUCUAUAACAAAGCGGAGAAAUUGUACAAGGACAUAUUGAAGGAACAUCCUAAUUAUAUUGACUGUUAUUUAAGGUUAGGCUGUAUGGCUCGCGACAAGGGUCAAAUCUACGAAGCCUCUGAUUGGUUCAAGGAAGCUCUGAAAGUGAACACGGAACAUCCCGACACGUGGUCGUUGCUAGGCAACUUGCAUUUAGCUCAACAAGAAUGGGGGCCCGGACAGAAGAAAUUUGAAAGAAUCCUGCAAAAUUCUAGCACGUCUAAUGAUGCUUAUUCGUUGAUUGCUCUUGGUAACGUAUGGCUACAAACACUACACCAGCCGUGCCGAGAGAAAGACAGGGAGAAGCGUCACCAAGAGCGAGCUCUCGCGAUGUAUAAGCAAGUGCUCAAGAACGAUCCUAAGAACAUAUGGGCGGCAAACGGCAUUGGAUGUGUGUUGGCUCAUAAGGGUUGCGUGAACGAGGCUCGCGAUAUAUUCGCGCAGGUGCGGGAGGCGACGGCCGACUUCCCCGACGUGUGGAUGAACAUCGCACACAUUUACGUCGAACAGAAACAGUACAUUAACGCUAUACAGAUGUACGAGAACUGCGUCCGCAAAUUCCGCAUGCACCACGACGUAGAAUGGCUGACAUGGGUCGCUCGGGCGCAAACACUCGCCGGCCGCGCCGGGGCUGCCCGAGCCUCCCUACUUAGAGCCCGACGAGUAGCACCUCACGACGCAGCACUCGCUUACAACACCGCACUAACACUACGUCGCCGAGCCGCCCUCGUACUCAAAGACGAUAGAUCAGACUUACGUUUGGUUUUACGUGCCGUUCAUGAGUUACACGUGUCGCAUCGACACUUCUCUCGCUUGGCGGGAGCGACGCCGGAUGCGACCGCCCGGCCCGACGCCUCGGCAGCUACUGCCGAAGCUAGGACCUGUGCUGAUCUGCUGUCUCAAGCGCAGUGGCAUGUGGCGAGGGCGAGGAGGCAGCAUGAUGAGGAGGUCACGCUGAGGGAUCGGCAGAGGGAACAGAGAGAGGCUUUCAGGAGGCAACAGGAAGAAGAACGCAAACGUCGCGAAGAAGAACAACAAAAAAGCACAGUGGAGAUGUUACAAAAACGUCAAGAGUACAAGGAGAAGACCAAGAACGCUCUACUGUUCGCCGACAUGCCCACUGAGAACAAGUCCAAGGGCGGCCGCGGCAGGAGGCGCGAUGAAUAUGUGUCCGACUCCCCGGGCAGCGGCAGUGAAGGACCUAGGGAGGACGGUCGCGAGCCGAAACAACGCAAACGCAAACGGGAGCCGGGCGAGGGCCGGAAAGGCAAGUCGCGCAAGAACAGACGCGGCUCCGGCAGCGAUAGUGAUCCGCCUAAGAAACGAGGCAGGAAGAAGGGUGAAAAAGGCAUCGGCAAGCGCGAAAAAGCGCGAGCUGCGAAAGCGGCUGACGAGAAACUUAGCGCGAAACAACGGGCGAAGAUCGUCUCUAAAGAAACCAUAUCGACUUCCGAAUCCGAAUCGGAUGCGUCUCGGAAGUCGCGCAGCAGAAGUCGCAGCGGCAGUGGAAGUCGCAGUGGAGGAAGUAGGAGUAGAAGUCCGCCCGCCAAUAAGGGACGUAAAAGGAUUAUGUCUGCGUCUGAUAGUGAUAGAUCUAAAAGUCGUUCAAGGUCAAGGUCGAAGUCCAAAUCCCGCAGUCGAUCAGGAUCUGCCAAGAGUCGCUCUCGGUCCAAAAGCAAGUCACGUUCGAAAAGCCGUUCUAGGUCCAAAGGACGGUCUAGGUCUAAGAGUGGGUCAAGGUCAAAAAGCCGUUCAAGGUCGAAGAGUAGGUCCCGUUCAAAGAGCCGAUCCCGCUCUAAAAGUCGCUCCAGAUCUAAAAGUGUUUCAAGAUCUCGAUCCAGGUCAAAGAGCAGAUCCCGUUCGAAAUCCAAAAGCGUAUCAAGAUCUAGAUCCCGUUCGAGAUCUAAAAGCGGAUCUCGUAGCCGAUCAGGUUCUCGCGCCGGAUCUCGCGCGUCCCGAUCUCGUUCCCGCUCUGGUUCCAGAUCUAGAUCCGGUUCCAGGAAUUCUAGACCAGACACGCCGGUUUCUAGAAAAUCCGUUUCCGCUAGUGAAGACGAAGCUUAGGUUAGGUUGUAAAUAUUUGACUCUUGAUUUUAACUUUAACUUUCUUUACCUACAAGGUAAGAGUAAAAUAUUAUUUCAGUUUUGUUCAUAAGUAUAUAUUUGAAUACUUUUUAAGUUUAUGGUAUGAGAAUUGAUGGCGCCUUGAAUGUGCUGGUUUUAUUGUCUAUGGCAUGCAGUUAGGCAAACACAGAGGUGGGAGAGCAAUUACACCCAAAAAAAGCAUUGUUUUCUUAUAAUCUGGUCAAGUCUGAUGCUAUUUUAACAAAAUAGGCCCUGAGUGAAAUAAGGUUCCAUUGAAAAUUAUAUUUUUCCAUCUGUUCAAUUAUAAAAGAAAACGGAAUGUUGGUGAAAUCACAAAGAAAUAUAUAUUUUGUACACAUAUCUAGUUCCUUCUUGAUAUUAUUUUCUUAGAUUUUAAACAACUAUAAACUAUUCAAACAAAUAUCUUCCAAAUAGACUGCUAUUAUGUAACAUUGCAAAGUUUCUUUAUUAUUAUAUAACAUUUGAAGAAAAUCUCAACUCAAAUAUUGUUCAAAGUAUUAAAUUAUGUUAGUAACAAAUAGUUCAGUAUACUCAAUGUAAGGUUUUAAUUUUUUCAAUCAAGCAAACCACUAAGAUCUUUAAAAAAUUGUCAUCCACCUUAUUACGUGGUCUUAAAAAGUGCUAGCUUUAGAUCUAGUUGAAAUCAAUAAUAUUAAAAAACCUCGUUUUAUAAAUAAGGAGUAUUUAUUUGAAUGUGGAUUUUUAUUGGCAUAGAACCCACUGUAAAAUCAGCACUUUGUGUUUUGAGGUGUUAAAUCAAUGGUACAUAUGUUUUUAAACAGUCUAUUUCAAGGUGUACACUUUGCCUAUCAUAUUUUUCUUUUGGACUAUCCCACAUACUCUGACUUCCACAUAGCACUGUAAAUGUUUUCUUUGUCAACUUCUCCUUAUCUCUCGAUCUUGUAAUAUGUUCUGAUAUUUUAUGAGCAAUGAUUAUAAUUGAAUAAAAGAGAAAAUACCAA